AUGGCCGCCGCCCCAGAGGCGAAUGGUCUCCUGCGGGAGGAUAGGGUGGGGAAAAGCCCUGUCCUGCCGGCCGGGAGCCCCCUGCUGCCGCCCUUGAACCUGCCCUUCCUGUCGCCGCACUUCUACCAGCCCGCAUUUUCUCAUGAACACAAGAUAAGCUUCAAGAAGAGCAAGGCAGUGUGUUUAAGUUACAUUCAGGAUGCCCUGCUACAGAAGCAGUGGGAAAGGGCUGCAGAGUUUCUGAUCUCCUAUAUUGAGGCCCUAGAGAAAGACUAUUCCACAGAAUACAUGAGUCCAUCAGAGAUGAUUUGGAGAAUAGGAACUGAAAUUUUGUGCUAUCAUUCCCAUAGCAGCGUGAAAGAGUUCAACUCUUUCAUGGAACAGAUGAAGGUUUCAGGAGUAAAAAGGUAUUUGAAGGUUUGCCUAGAGCAUGCCUUUCACCUCCUUUGUAAUGGAUUCAUAGAUGAAGCUUACCAAAACCUGUCCCUGGCAGAAAGCUGGAGGUUUGGAGAGCAAACAGUCUUUCAGGAUAAAGAAAUGAAACUGAUUCAGGCUUACAGGGGACUAUUGGACUACUACAAAUGGUCUAAGCAGAAGAACAUCUUGUUAGAGCACGGUGAGGAUGGAUUUGAAGACUUGUCUGUUGAACAGGAAAUGCACAGUUGCUUUCGGAACGCAGCAGUGAACUUAAAGGAGAUUAUUAAAAUACCUGGCAUCUGGGAUCAAUUUGUGAAAUGCUAUGUGGAUUUGCUGGAGUUCUACGGAGACCAUAAUGAAGCCCGCCAAGUGUUACGUGACUAUGCCUACAACUCCAAGUUUCCUGCUAAUCCCAAUGCUCAUGUUUACCUCUAUCAGUUCCUGAAGAGACAAGGUGAAUCAAAGAAAUCACUCAUUUCUGCACUGAAGAACUUGCAUGAUACUGUUCCUUCUCAUGAACUGAUGAUAGAUUUUAAUCUCAUGCUUCAAAAAUCAAAGAAGAGGAAAAAACGUCGUCUGGGGCUAAAAGUUAUUUUUGCAGCCUUGGAUUAUGCUGGCUCGAAGGAGAAUGUAAAAGCAUGGAGCUGUUUGGCAAAGCAGCUGAAACAAAUUGUAAUGUCUGAGAAACAUCUUGACUGGCUCAAGCAAGAGUGGAGCUCCAGAAAGGACUGGUGGCCAGCCUUCCAUUUUAGCCGUUACUUGGGAAAAAGGAAUUGGCAGGAAAAUCAAAGCCUUUCCUAUGAAAAAGCUCUGGUGGCUGGAAUCUUACUGGGCAAGGAUGACAAGUACUUUAAAUACAUAUCCCAUCAAGGCUGCAAAGCUCAGAUGAAAAGGUUUCGGAUACUGAAGAAGUUUGUGCAUAAGCACAAUCCUAUCUACAUGAGAAUAUCUGGUCUUUGAGUCUUCUGUACAACCUUGAUUAGAGGGCGUCCUUAAGGUUCUUGUGCUUCUUCAUCUUUGUGAAACUGACUUCUGUAGCUGGCAUUCUAGAACUUCUAGGCAGCACCUACUGACUCAGGACUAGACUUUAAUAUAUUUCUGUAAAGAAAUGCUUUGGGUUUUAUUUAUUUUAUAAUAAAAUGAAUAUAAAACAACUGAUAA